AUGGCUUCUUGUAGCAAGAGAGACAACAAUGGAUCAUUGUUCACACCAAAAAAAACACAUUUUAUCCGUAUCAUUCUUAGUGAUAUUAUGAAGAAUCAGAAGAUCGCGAUUCCUCGAAGAUUUUUGAGAAAGCAUGGAGAAAGUUUAUCAAAAUCAGCAGUAAUUAAAGUUCCAAGUGCUGCAACAUGGAAGGUAGAGUUCUUAAAACAUAAAGAUGAAGUUUCAUUUGCAAAGGGUUGGGAAAUGUUCAUAGCUUAUUACUCUAUUGACUACGGAGAUUUCCUAGUUUUUGAGCACGAGUGGAACUCCCUGUUCACUGUAUUCAUAAUCGAUAAGAGUUUUACGGAAGUAGGCUAUCCAUGGAAUAACACUGAUGCUGCAGAGAGUAAUCAAGAAGAUAAGCUUGAGGAUCAUGAAGAUGAUGAUGAUGAUGAUGCCUCUGUUGAAUUCAUUGACAUUUCGUCUGGCUCACAAGAAACAGGAAAGGGGACCAAAGGGAAGGAAAAACUAGGUUGUUCAAGAAAUUCUGAAGAAUAUGAAGGUGAUCAUGGAGGAAGGCCUGCUGAAAACAAAUGUCAUCCAAGUGGGACACCAUUGUUGGCUUUCCCACAGGCAUUAAACAUUUCAAGGGAAGCAAUGCUAUCAACAUAA